AUGACUACCGAAUACCUACCAGCCGCCGAAAUCGAGCAGGACGAGCGGCUGAGAAGAGAUCCGAGUGUAUUUCUGAAGGAGAUUAAUGAAAAAUUGGAGUUGCUGUUCAAGGAGAAAGGUCUCCACUACGGAAAUCCUCUCUCCGGGGCGGCUGGAGCCGCGGAGGCCGCCAAAAAGAGCCAGUCGGAGCACUGGCAAGAGAUCAAUGAAAAAUUGUUGGUGUUGCUGGGGAAGGAACCGCCCCCACCUGCAUCCCAAAGCCCUGUAGUCAUUUCUUAA